AUGCGGCCUCGAGUGUCGGCAAAUACAGCUACGGUCCUCGGGACCGGUUUGCUGCUUUGCCUGGAGGGAACAUCCUUCUUUUCCAUGUCUCCUCUUUCUAGCCUUCCCUCCGUCUUACCUGCGCAAGGCUUAAACGCAAACCAAAGGCUCCAGCAAGGUGUGAUGACUCAAGCAGGGAACGGGAUUCAAAGCGCUGAUGACGACGUAGUUGCUCCCAUCUUCCCUGUUAGCGAAUGCACGUAUCCAGCAGAAAACAACUUCGAAAAAAUAAUCACAACAGCCCGUCUCACAGCUUUCCUAGAGAAAGCCGCACCUGGCUUUUCGUACAGAGGAGUGACUCAUCCCAGUGAAGCCGCAGCGCAGAUCCACAAGGACAUCUCUUGCGCAGUUCAGGCAGACAGCAGAUUCGCGAGCUUCUGCAAUUCCAACGAAAAAUACUCGAACGAAGAGAACGCGUUUGUCAACGCUUCCGAGUGUGCGGCGUUUCUGGCCCACGUCUUUGUGCAUACGAACUCCUUUCUGCAGUUCGAGGAAGCUUCGAACAGCAGGGAAUGCCGCGACUCUGACAAAUACCCCUGUGGGCCCUCUACCGCUUCGUACCAUGGCCGAGGAGCGCUCAAGGUCCGCGGCAACGAGGAAUACGGCCGACUGAGUGAUUAUUUGUUCGAAGAUUCCGCAAAGCUUCUGAUGCAUCCGAGUCUCAUUGAGCCCCAAGGCGUCAGCGGCUGGGUUGCCGCUCUGUGGAAGUGGAUGGAGCAACGUCCCUACGGUCUGAACUGCCCGGAAACUCUCUUGGGAUCAGGCAAGGCGUCGUGCCACGAUGCCAUGCUGAAUCAAGACGUGUCUCCGGAGUUUACCAUGGAAGCGUUGAAGGAUAACGAUGGGGAGAAGCUAACAAAAGGACUGAGUGGAUUCGGUCUCACGAUCAACAUCCUGGCGGGAGAGUCCGUCGCGUGCUGUCCGUCUGCUCUCAAGUCGGCGGUGGGAACCGUUCCCAAGCCGGUUCUUGUCGCGGCUGGUGCAUCGCCCGCUGAGCGCGCGAGAGAAGAAGCCUCGCAAGAUCUUUUAUUGAAGCUUGCAGUGCGAGGCAGCGGGUUGGAUGCAGGUGCAUUGACACCCGAGGAGUUGAAGCAGCUUCUUACUCACCAGGGAACGGGCCAAGGUAGUGCCGGCCCGCAGACAACUGAACAUUCAGAAGAGUCCGGGUUGCAGGAUUCGGAAGCAGGACAGGAAGGCACACACGAGAAACAGAAGAUGCAAAAUCCUCAAGGUGAACCGGCUCCACUUGGGACUCAACAACGUGAGCAGCAACUGUUUGAUCAGAUCAUGAGUGCCCCCGCUCCGCCUCCGGCUGCUAACGAAGUUCCCACGCGACCUAAGAGCGACGUCUUUCUCCAGACGACAGACUCGCUCUCGCUUCCAUCUGCUCCAUCGGCUGUUGCUCGCUUUGUCAUGCCCCCAAAAAACAUAUUUCCCGGUGGCAACUCCGCAGCGCAAAGCCCUCUGUCUGCGGCGGCGGCCACGUCGGCCUUCCUUGACUUCCUUGCCCAUGUUUUGUAUCCUCAUCCCACUCCCAAUGGCACAGGCGAGGCUGUUCCGCUGCCCAGCAGCACUGUACCCCCAACUCCCUUUCCCUUGCCAGGGGACGGGAGUCGGCUCUGCACAGCGCGAGGCGUCCUCUCAGCCAGGGCGGCAGAGUCGAGUGCGGCAGAUACUGACGCCGCCGGAGCAGCCACAGCGACUGACACGUUUUGCCUGUCAGUUAUUCGUGGAUGUCCCGUGAUGUUCCCGCCGAGCGCCGCAGAAAUAAGCGCAGAUCAGGUUGAUGAAGAGACGGCGAAUGUAGUGAAGGCAGCUGCUGCGAGAAAUGCAGCUGCGACGAUGGGUGCCGAUGGAGAAAAAUGCAGUUUCACGUGUGUCGAGGCUUCCAAUAACGCCGUCGAGAAUGCAACAAACAGCGGAGCUGUUGGCAGCGGCAAAGAUGCGACGGAAAACGACGCAUUGUCCGCCAAGGCACAUGCAGAGGCAGUUGCAGCCAUGAAGAAGGAAGAAUUUGAAUCAAAGAGCUUUGAAUAUCUGCCAAAAGCUGGUGUUCUCUGUGGUUACACGUGUGUUUCCGUUUCGUAG